AUGUCCAACCUCAUAUCCAACCUUCCUCUUUCUUACUUUUUAGGAGCAAUAAUAGCUCUGCUUGCCUUCCAGAUUAUCCGCAAUGUUUUCCUAUCACCGCUGCGCCAGAUUCCAGGGCCGUUUCUUGCAAAGGUCACACCGUAUUGGUUGAUCUUCACAGAUCUCGCGGGGCAUCGCACGACAACUCUGCAUCGUCUUCAUGAAAGAUAUGGCUCAACGAUACGUAUUGGGCCUCAUGAGGUCUCUUACAGUAACCAGGAUAUUAUCAAGGAAAUCUAUAGCCAGCAAACUGUGUUUUUAAAAGCCCCUGUCUAUGAUACCAUGGUCGUUCCGCCAGGUGGAAUUUUCAGCUUUCGAAAGAAGAAGCAGCACAGCCAAAGACGACGUCUUUUGAGUCAUGCUUUUUCUCAAGCGAACCUCCUCGACACAGAGCCGCUGAUCAGGGACCACGUGAAGAACGCUUUGUCCUGUAUAAAUUCCAGUUUGGGAGUACCUCUUGAUAUCUUCAUUACAUUUCGAAGAUUGUCACUCGAUAUCGUCGGUGAACUCUUUUUGGGGAUGAAGUUCAACGGCCUGAACUCGGUGGAACCCCCGGAGUUCCUGGCUGACAUGGAUCUUCACUUCAUUCUCUGUGGUAUUCAGCAGAACUUUCCACUGCUGUAUCACUCCCUGUCGAUUUUGCCUAUACCAUCAGUACGAUACUUCCUUAGUGCUCGGAGCCGCCUUAUCAAGUAUGGUGAAAACGCUUUCCGUGCGUAUAUCGCCCAGUAUGGUAGAGACUCAGGCCGGCGAGAUCUGCUAACGAAAGUUCUUAUCGCGAAGAAUGACCAACCACCAUUGACCGACCUUGAAAUCUAUACUGAAAUUUCAAAUCUUGUGUUUGCAGGGACUGACACGACAAGCACCACUCUGACAUACCUCUUUUGGACCCUCGCAAAGUACCCCGACUGGCAGGUUCGACUUCGCACUGAACUCGCGACUGUCAGUGAGAGUUCGUGGUCAGAUGGAAUUCCUGCAUACAAAGACGUUAUGGAACUGCCCCUCCUGGAAGCUACAAUCAAUGAAGCACUUCGCUUGUAUCCUGCCGCACCCUCGAGUAUGAUGAGAGAGACACCUCCUGGAGGAAAGGUUCUCAACAAUGUUUUUGUACCAGAGAAGACCGUUGUUUCGAUGCAAUGCUAUACCACUCAUCGCAACCACAGCGCCUUUCCAAAUCCCGAACACUUCCUGCCAGAGAGAUGGUUGAAUGCGAGCAGCGACAUGAAGCUCAACUUCAUGCCUUUCUCAGCCGGCUCUCGUGCAUGCUUAGGGAUCAAUUUGGCAUGGAUGGAAUUGAAAGUCAUCACUGCAGCGUUGUUAAAGAAUUACUCGGUUCAAUUGGCGCCAAACACGACGGACGAGAGCAUGUCAAUGAUUGAUCACUUUUUGGCCGCCCCAAAAGCUGGCAAGUGUGCUCUUAUUUUCACGAAGAUCAACUGA